UUUUCUUAUAUAAAUUAUUCAAUGAACACGUGUCAUAUCGCAAGUGGACUAUUUGCAAGUAGCUUAUUCAGUUAUGUAUAUAAGUGUCAUCCAUUAGAACAAUUUUACUUUUUCUUCUUCUUCUCCUGUCAGCUAAAACCCUAAAUUCUUCUUAAAAAAAAUGGAAUCGGAAAAACCCCAAAAUCCAUCUCCAAUGGAACCACAAGAAGAAGGAAGCAACAAAAUCUCCAAAAAAGAAGCCGCCAAGCUGGAGCGCCAGCGCCGCCGUCAAGAGGCAGCCGCCGCCGCAGCCGCCACUGCUGUCUCCACCGUCUCCAUUGAAGAAUCUGAUCCACUUUCCGGAAACUACGGUGACGUAGAGCUGAACGAUCUGCAAUCUAAGGCUGUGACGGGUCGCAAGUGGACUGAAGUUGGGUCCGUCACGCCAGAAAUGAAGGACCAGGUUGUCUUGAUUCGGGGGAGAGUACAGACGAUUCGUCCCGUCGGGAAAAAGAUAGCUUUUGUGGUUGUGAGGGAACGAGGAUUUACGGUGCAGUGUGUAUUGACUGUGAAGCCUGAAUUGGUUAGUUCACAAAUGGUGAAAUAUGCUACUAGUUUAAGCAAAGAGUCCAUUGUUGAUGUUGAAGGUGUCGUUACAAUACCAGAGAAGCCAAUUACUGGUGCCACUCAACAACAGGUGGAAGUUCAAAUAAGCAAACUUUAUGGUGUCAACAGGGCUGUGCCCACUCUACCGAUUAAUAUUGAGGACGCUGCUAGAAGCGAGGUGGAGAUAGAACAAGCCUUAGAGAAAGGAGAGCAGCUUGUUCGUGUAAAUCAGGAUACUCGCUUAAACUUCAGAAUACUAGACAUGCGCACACCUGCAAAUCAAGGAAUCUUCCGCAUUCAAUGUCAAGUUGAAAAUAUAUUCAGGCAGUUUUUGCUCUCUGAAGGGUUUGUAGGAAUCCACACUCCAAAAUUGAUUGGAGGGUCUAGUGAAGGAGGUUCAGCUGUUUUCAGAUUAGAUUAUAAAGGUCAACCUGCAUGUCUGGCGCAGUCACCUCAACUUCACAAACAAAUGGCAAUAUGUGGUGAUUUUGGCCGUGUAUUUGAAGUAGGCCCUGUCUUUAGGGCAGAAGAUUCUUUUACACAUAGACAUCUGUGUGAGUUUACAGGUCUUGAUGUUGAAAUGGAGAUCAAGGAACAUUAUUCAGAGGUCAUGGAUGUUGUUGACCGCUUAUUUGUGGCCAUGUUUGAUAGCUUGAAUGAGAAAUGCAAAAAGGAACUUGAAGCCAUUGGAAGGCAAUACCCUUUUGAACCUCUGAAGUAUUUGCGAAAGACCUUACGACUUACAUUUGCAGAGGGGAUUCAAAUGCUAAAGGAAGCUGGUGUUGAAGUUGAUCCUCUUGGGGACCUAAAUACAGAAUCAGAAAGAAAGCUUGGGCAGCUUGUUACGGACAAGUAUGGAACUGAAUUCUAUAUACUUCACAAGUACCCACAGGCUGUUCGUCCAUUCUAUACCAUGCCUUGUCAUGACAAUCCAUCUUACAGCAAUUCUUUUGAUGUCUUUAUCAGAGGGGAGGAAAUUAUCUCAGGAGCUCAGCGUGUCCAUGUUCCUGAAUUCUUGGAAAAACGUGCCGGAGAGUGUGGAAUUGAUGUGAAGACAAUAUCAACAUACAUCGAUUCUUUCCGGUAUGGUGCACCUCCCCAUGGUGGAUUUGGAGUCGGAUUGGAGCGUGUGGUGAUGCUUUUCUGUGCUCUCAAUAACAUUCGCAAGACAUCACUUUUCCCUCGCGACCCACAAAGGCUUGCCCCAUGAUUUGUUACUUUUUUGAACCUUUUUUCUGUUUUUGUUUCACCAAAGCUGGUAUUUGUUCAUGUCCUAGCAUGAAAACAAUAAGUAGGCGACUGAUUGUUUUAAAUCUCUCCAUUCUGGGGUUACUCAAGAAACAUGAAUUUCAGAGUUUAUAUA